AUAACCGAAUCGAAUGGCUAAAAUCGAAAUCGAGUAGAAUCGAAAAGUUUGGGAAUCUUACAUUGUAUCUGGGUUCUUUCUUCCACCAAUAAAAACUGGGCGCCACCUAUCUAACUGAAAUUCCCGUGGGGAUCCGGGUUAGAAUAGGUCCUCAGUAAUCCUUGCUUUUAAACUUACUUGACCAGAGGCGACUAAAUGGGGCGGUCCUUGGGAUGAGACCGCAAAAACCGAGGUCCCAUGUCACAGCAGGUGUGGCACGUUAAAGAUCCCUCCCUGUUCAAUGGCCAUAAGCGCCGAACCUAGGCCUAAAUUUUGCAGCCCUUCACCGGCAGUGGUGACGUCGCCAUAUGAGUGAAAUAUUCUCGAGAGAGUCGUUAAACCAGGAAAAAUCAGAAGUAAAAACUUUUCUUACAUAAGAAAAAUUUUGGAAACCGGUGUCCCAUACCAUGUCAAAAUCCCGAAUGCUCGCUGUCUCCAGGAUAAUACAGGGACGUUGCAUUAAAAUAUUAAGUAUGAGAAAUAAUUUACAAAUAUGUGAAAAUGUAUGAUACAUUUUAAUUUAUUAUUUUAAAAAUUGUGUUUCUUUGAGAGAAGACAGGCUAGAAUUGAUAGCUUGUGCCAAACGAGCACCCUCGAAAACAAACUCGUCACCACGUGUGAUAUAAAUACAACCCAUCGGACCAUUUAUUCCCGAAUCUAAACGACAAUUAUUUUCCGCUAAGCUCCGUACCGCGGAAAAUAUAAUUUGGUGGUAGAUUUUUAUUUUUGUUGUCAAAGUUGUCUCUGAUAAAAGUUUUGUCGACAUCUUGAGCAUUAUGAUCACUGUUGCUAAAUCUAAAAUAGUGAGGAAUUCGGAAUCCGGUUUCGUUCCGUGUACAUGUCGCUAGAGUGGAGUAACACAGGUUUUCCUCUUCUAUUGAAGGUAACAAACGUGAAGAGAAUUCAAAACAUUAACUAUAGUUCUGUGUACUUACAUCAUUUUGUAUUGUAAAACUCGGUCGUUCCACUUGCUGUGUGACAACUCUCUACAACAAUGUGACCACGACAUUCUAGAAGUUACUCAUUUCACUGGUACAUUUUUAUUUUUACUCUAUUUUUUUUUCGUAUCAAAAAUUCAUUUUUGUUGUUUUCUUAAUUCUUUUAUUUAAGUACAUGUAUAUUAUAUGGACUUAGACAUAUCUUUAUAACAAUCAAUGUGACAGUAUCUGCACUGGGAUGUCGAUGACACAUCUAAUAAUUAGGGCCUACAUAUAUAAAAUAACGUAGUAACUGAAUUCACUGUAGAUAAAAAAAACUUCAAUGUUUGUUUGUAUGAAAGAAAAAUAAAGAAAUUAUAUUUUUUAAAAAAUACAUCGAUUUAUUAUAUUGUUAUAAAGUUUAAUAAUUUUGAUAACUUUAGUGAAAAUUUGAUACUCUUUAGCGAUUUACUAAAAGUAGAACAUAUAAUACUUUAAUUUACAUUUGUAUGAACUUUGAUACUUGAUUGAUUAUAUUACUUUAAAGUCUAUUAUUAUUAUUACAUGUAUAUGCAAAUUAUUACAUGUAUAUGUAAAUUAUUACAUGUAUAUGUAACAUAUCUAACCUGUUUUCAAUGUGUGUAUUUUAAAAGUUGAAUUCCAUUGUAUCUACUGGAGAUGAUGUCUAUGCGUUGAAUUUUUUUUUAGGAAGCAUGAGAUUAAUUUUACUUUUGGUAUGUUCGUGAUGUACCAUGCGUAUAUUUACAUGUCAUGCAUUUAACUUACUGCUACCUGCGAAAAGGUGGGACAUGUCGCAUAAUUACAUAAUUACAAGCCUGAAAAAAUAUUGACAUAAAUUUUAAUGUCAAUAAGAUUUUUUAAAUUAUUUUAAAUCAUUUUUACUACCACCGUUUAGGAAACCUAUCAUUAAAUGAGCCAUGUAAGUUAAAUGAGCAGUGUUCCGCCUCGCCCUAUGCAGUCUGUCGGAAUACAACCUGUACGUGUGAGGAGGGAUUUACUGUCGUGGAUACAACGUCUUGUGUAUAUCGUAUGUACUGUAUCGCAUUUCUUUUCUUAUCUAAUUUUCUGUUCCUCGACAAAUUCACUAACUUCUCAAACAAUAACAAUCUGCAUCAGCUAAUAUUCAAUACAUCUUCUUUUCAAUCUCGAUGUUCUACACUUACAAUAAUUGGACUGAAAGAAAUUUUUCCUGCGAGGUCAUUGGAGCAAUCACAGGCUGAUGGGAAUGGACCUGUAUCUAUCGUGGGGGCAUUGAUUGGAGGAUUUUUCGGUGGUGUCCUAAUAACAACAAUCAUAGUGUACAUCAUAUCCAGAAGAUCCAGUACUAAAGUGAAGAAACGUGAGGAACCCGUGGCAAUGUUUGUAGCUAAUAAUUCUUAUGGGUCAAAUGGAAACAUUGAAAGAGGAUCUAAAAAUGGAUCGAAAGAUGAGAAAAAACCGCGAAAAGUCGUAAAUGUACCCCCAUACACGUGUUCAGCAGACUCGCCAACAUACAGCAAUGCCCGCGAUGUCGCAAAACAGCCUACCAACGAAGACGUGUACAACCACCUGCAUGAAAAAGAAACAAUUGACUACGACAACGAUUACGAUCACACUACCGGAAUCACUGGUCAUGUGACCGAAGACAGCGAUUACAGUCACCUUCAUUCUGGUAGAGGAAAUAUGAGGUUGAACUUAUCUGUUGAUGACGAGUACGCCAAUACUGUGCCAGGAGAUACAGCCACUGACGACUACUUCACUCUGGAACAGCAGUAAAAGGAUAAUUUAUAAUGCCGCUCACCUGUCAGUACAGGAUACGAUCGUCUAUUCUUGGUCAUUAAAUAUAUGUCGGAUAGAUUUUACAUAGAUUUAUCACAGUAGACUCCUACAGAGGGACGAGGGGCUCCCACUAUCUUUAUGCAUCUUCCUUUUGAUUAAAAAAAAAUCUUGCGAAUUUUAUGCUCAUUUAAUACAUUUAUUCGCAUAAUAUUCUGGCAAAAAUCAUGGAAUUUUGAUAUUUUCGUGUGAUGUUCUAUGAUAUAUAAUAGCUUCUAACAAUUGUCAUGUGAUAUAAUAGUAAAAUAUUUUUCAUUAAAAUAUUGCAAUGUUUAUGCUACAUUGAAAUGUGAAGAAAUGAAGGAACAACAAAGUUUAUCAAACAUUAUUUUGUAGAGUUCUGUGUUUACAACACAGAAAAUUUAUAAAUAACUUCAUUUGUACAUUUGUAAUUAUCAGUUUUUGUUAACUUCAUUUUACUAUCCUAUCCUGCUAGAAAUCUCACUCUAAUUCUUGAAAUCAAUAUAUUAUAGAUGUUUGCAUAACAAGACUUGAUAAUGGCCAGAUUAUUUUCCUUCAAAAUAUUUUACAAUAAAUCCAUAUGAAUAUUUCAAGCGAGUACAUCGGGAGGGGGGGGGGUAUUACUUUUCAUCUUCUCAUGCGAGAAGAUGUGAAUGUAUUUUGAGAAUCAUGUGAGAUACUUUUCCAUGUGUGUUUAUAUAGAAUACCAAAAUAUUAUGUCAUGUAUAGUAUGUCAUGAUAUUAAUACAAUCCUCAAAUACCGAUAUAAUUAUAAGUUUAAUUAUAUACAUGUAGUUAUAUUUUGCCGUUUUUCUUUUUUAAGAGAAAUGCUUUUAACAAACCCAUACUCUGAUUUCUGUCACUGCAUGAUACCGAUCAAUUACAAAUGAUAUGUACUUCCUACUCACCCAGUGUGAUCUGUGUUAAUUUAGUAUCAAAAUUACAACGUAACAUCCCUGUAAUUUAUUUCUUCCUUCUUUCUCUUUCAUAUAUAGAGAUUUCCACUGAUUAUUCUCUAAUUUAUCUUCCUUAAUGGCAAUCAAAAUAUAUGCUUUGAAAAUUUCAAUGGCUAAAUAACACUUAACACACUCUUGUUUUAUCUCAUUUAGUAACAAUUUUUACUUCAUGUUUUAUGGAAUCGAGAGUCAGAUCAGAUUAGUAUACUAGUAUAUAUAUAUAUGUGAAUUUUUGACACAUUUACAGAUGUAUUCAAGAUACUUUCAUUUAAAAAAUGAAUUUCAUUUUUGAAAAUAAUGGAGGAUCUGAACUACGACACUGGCGUACUUCACAAAGCGCGUUGAUGUUCUAAUUUUUUUUAUACUAGUCUCAUCAUUUACACUAGUCUCAUAAACCCCUUGGAGAAAGUGUUAAAUUCGUUUUAUCUUUCACUUCACUUUGUUCAGAAAAUAUCACAAGAAAAUGUCCGUACAAGGUGAAAAACUAAUUCAGGUUACGAUACAAAAGAAUUUUAUUUAUCAGAGCGAUGUAAUGAUUUUUCACAGCAUAUGAAAAACUGCCACAGCCAUCACAAAUAAACAGCAAAUCUAUGUUUAAAUUCGUUCAAUUUCUAACACAUAUUCCAUUGAUAAAACAUACAUGGAAAUGAUAAUUUAAAUAUAUAACAGAUGUGCUUAUAUUAUGAAAUAACAAAAAAUGUUAAAAGUCCAAAAAAUAAAAAUUAAUCAUUACAGUAAUAAGACAUGCAAAAUGAUAUACGCUAUGUGAUUUUUUUAAAACCAUAAUUCCCCUCUCUUUCAUGCGAAAAGCGUUCUAAAGUAUCUAAAACAAAGAAUGGGUUCAACCUCAUAGAAAAGAAUAUUGAAAUAACGCGGAGAAAGAUAUUAUCAGUUGCCGCCCAUUAUUAAAACUUGUUUUUUUUUUAAGUGUAUAAAUUCGUUACAUUUAUAAUUUUUGUAAUCGCAAUCUUGAAUAUAUAAUUUUGUAAUUGUUUAUUAUUGAUAGUCAAUAAGUGAUACAGAUUGAAAUUUGUUACAGGCACUUGUGCUCAUGCUUUUGACUUUGAGACUAUUUUAAAUGGUUAUUUGUGUAUAUAAUUGUAUAUUUUAAAUGGUUAUUUGUGUAUAUAAUUGUAUGUUUUAAAUGAUUAUUUGUGUAUAUAAUUGAAUGCAUCACCUGGAAUCCCUUGGUAAGAAUAAUGCAUGCACUAAUCAGGUCACCUUCUUGAAAUAAAGUAUCAUUGUUAAUGACAGCACUGCUAACGAGACCUAUGUAAAGGAGCCAACGGAUGAACAAGUGAACAUAACGAACGGUGACCUAUCUCAUAAAUUCUAUAAAGAAUACAAUAUUAAGAGAAUGGCAAACACGUACCCCUUGACAUACCAGAGGUGGGAUCAGGUUCUUAGUAGUAGGCAUCUCCUGUUGAUCGGUCACACCUGCCGUGAUCAGGUAAACGGGGAAAUCGGCAUUCAAAAUUAACAUGUAAAGAACAGUCUAACGAUUAGUAUGAAACACGUUAAUCAGCAUUCAACCAAGUGAUAGCUUGUAUUUGCAAAUUAGAUCAUUGUAUACAGUAAGACAAUAGAAUUUGCAAAAUGCUGACUUUAAACUAGCUUAUUGAAACCACUGUUACAUUAUACAUAUAUAGCAAUAGCAUGCCUCGAUUGAAAAUUUGAUCAUACCCAGAACAUGCUUUCGCGUUUUGAAUAAAUUCAGAGACAUAAUACAGGUGAUAGGGAAAUACUGCAACACAAAUAUUGGGAGUUGACGACGGAGAAUCUGGAGUCAUCUCGUUUGUCAGUAAGUUGUGUAUUGUUACUAAGUAGUUUGCCGUUGACAUCUCUGUCGUUAGAAAUUUAUUACCAUAUGCAUAUAUUUUUUCCUAUAGAAAUGUAAAUGUAGUAAAGCCCUGAUUGUGUACUAGGAUGGGAUACACAUCAAUCAACCUUUAAAAGAUGGUCCUGAAAUGAUGCAUAUGGCCAAAAUUGUACACGUUUCUUUUAUGAUAAAAAUCCAAAGGAAGGUUGUUUCAGAAUGUGGUAUUUCUAUUGACCCAGUGCGGCCUUAUCUAGAUAAUAUCCCUGACUUACUUGUUUCUUGUUCAUGUUAUGGGGGAUGUGAUAGCAGAAUUUCAAUGUCCAAUGAUAUCGAGAUGUAAUGAUUAUACAGAUUUACUUUCAUGCUUGUAUUUUUAUAAUGGUCAGUUAUCGUUAGUUCACAAUCAUCCUUAUUGUGCUCAAAUACAAAAGCAAAGGAGAAUUGCUGCUUGUUAGUGGUGUGACAUUUGCUAAUAUUUGCAAAGGAAAUUUUUUUGUGAGUGAGUUGCAUUUGAUGAAAUGUACUUCAAAGAGUUGCUUGAUCUUAAUUAAUAACUAUUUUUGAAAGUUACAUUGUUCUUGAAGAAUCAAAACCAGAAAUGUUAAAGAUUCUUUGUGUACUGAAAAAGAGGAAGCAAUGGAAAUAGAUUGUACUGAAUCAAACGUUUUUAAUGGAAUUGUGGAUUUUUGUCCAAAGAAGUAGGUACAGUUUCUAAAGUCAUUUGGCCCAAAAUAUCGAUGAUUUCACUUGGAGCUUAAAUGUGUAUUUUUGUACAAUUUGCAACAUGACUGUACAAGAAGCUGUUAAUAAUUACAAAGCUCAGAGUGUGCAAUGUUACAAAUGGAAAGUAUAGGUUCACUUUUCCAUGUGUAAAAGUGACAAAAGCAAUUUUAAAGAACAUGCAAGAAUGUAUUUGUCCAAAUUGUUCUAAUUGAUGAAUUGUUUCUGAAUUUUGUAUUGUUAUCUGUUAUCAAUCUAAUAAAAUUCACAUCCAAACAUGUAAA